AUGGCGCGAUGGCUGCCUCGCUCCACCGACCUGGCCCGCUUCUGCCAGAAACUCAACCGGGUGAAGACCUUGGAGGACGACAUGAUGGAGACGUCAUUCAACAGAUGCCUUUCCACCAUCGACCUGACGCUGCUGGGCAUCGGUGGCAUGGUGGGCUCUGGGCUGUACGUCCUCACCGGCACCGUGGCCAAGGAGAUCGCCGGCCCCGCCGUCAUCGUCUCCUUCAUCAUCGCUGGCUUUGCCUCCCUCCUGGCUGCCCUCUGCUAUGCCGAGUUUGGAGCCCGGGUGCCCAAGACGGGCUCUGCCUACAUGUUCACCUACGUGUCAGUGGGUGAGAUCUGGGCCUUCCUCAUCGGCUGGAACCACUUCCUGGGGGCCGCCCUCCUGCUGUUAGCCACUGCCUUCAUCUCCUUUGGGGCCAAAGUGUCCUCCUGGCUCAACCACGUCUUCUCGGCCAUCAGCAUGGGUGUCAUCCUCUUUAUUCUCAUCAUGGGCUUCAUCCUUGCACAGCCCAAGAACUGGAGUGCCCAGGAGGGUGGCUUCGCCCCGUACGGACUGUCGGGCAUCAUGGCUGGCACAGCCACCUGCUUCUACGCAAUGAACACGGUCCUGCUGAGCAACCUCUUCUCCCUGCCACGCAUUGUCUACGCCAUGGCCGAGGAUGGGCUCUUCUUCCAGGUGUUCUCCCGAGUGCAUCCCCGCACACAGGUGCCCGUCGUUGGCAUCGUGGUCUUCGGGCUGCUCAUGGCCCUGCUGGCCCUCGUCUUCGACCUCGAGGCCCUGGUGCAGUUCCUGUCCAUCGGCACGCUGCUGGCCUACACCUUCGUGGCCGCCAGCAUCAUUGUCCUGCGCUUCCAGCAGCAGAAGGUGGCUGCCCCGGCGGCGGGUGGCCGCCCCAGCCACGAGCCCCCCGAGGGUCCCUCCGCUAGUGAGCUGAAGGAGUACGAGUCCUUCUCCGACAAGCUCCAGCUGGUGGACAGGGACAAGAACAAAGAGCACCGGGAGCCAGGGCAGCUGAAGGCAGCUUUUGAGCCCUACCUGGAGUUCCUCAGCGACUUCUACCCGGGCGAGGUGGUCACGGUGGCCGUGGUGACCCUGAUGGUCGUCUGCCUCUGCUCCGUCUUGGUGUUCGGCAACACUCAUCUCCACCUGCCCACCUGGAGCUACUCCCUGCUGCUGGUCCUCUUCAGCCUGGGCUUCCUGCUCAGCCUCCUCCUCAUCUGGGCGCACGAGCAGCAGCGCAACACGCAGACCUUCCAGAUCCCCCUGGUUCCCCUCUCGCCAGCGCUGAGCAUCGUCCUCAAUAUCUACCUGAUGCUGAAGCUCAGUUACAUGACGUGGCUCCGCUUCGCCGUCUGGCUGCUCUUGG